AUGGCUGAUUUCGAUCAUCCAGAUGCUCAGCCCGAGGACGCCCAAAGCUGGCAGGGAGACUUUGACCCAUUUGCAGACGAAGAAGAGCGACGAGUUCUGUUUGCUGCUUUUGAUUCUUUCCGGCUCUACCGACGAACAGCACAUCUCAACACCACCCACCGCCGGCGCCAAUCAUUCUACGCCCUACCCUCAGCACACUGGCAAAUGCUCUCCGAGCCCCCUUUUUCUCUGCUAGAUACAUUCAACCAAGUAGACGACGCCAUCGACGCGAAUGCAGAUAUUGCAGAUGAGAUCCUCGCCGCGGGUCUUCAAUCAUUCGGUCUGUCGUCAGCCCCGAAUACUAAUGACAGCGACCCUGAGCAGACUGCUUGGCAUGGUACCGCCACCAGCGCAGAUGUCGGAAAAGCGCAUUCUACUAUUCGUCAAUUCUACCGGGAUUGGAGUGAAGAAGGCAGACGCGAGAGAGAGGUUUGUUACGAUCCCGUUCUUGCCGUGCUGAAUCAGUCUUUCGGGGAAUCUUCACGUCCACGGUCCGAUUAUCGGGUACUUGUUCCCGGGGCUGGAUUGGGGCGGUUGGUGUUUGAUCUCUGCGCUGUAGGGUAUGCGGCGGAGGGGAAUGAGAUUUCGUAUCAUCAGUUACUGGCUAGUAGUUGGGUGCUCAAUCACAGUCGAGGCGCCAAACAACAUGCUCUAUACCCAUUUGCAGUACACUUCUCCAACAUUCUUUCUCGGAAACAGCAGCUACAAAAGAUUAUGAUACCGGACGUUCACCCUGCUUCGGCGAUGUCUCUGGCCCGGAACGAAGAUGGUUCCACCUCUUUCGGAGGUAUGAGCAUGUCGGCUGCAGAUUUUAUCGCGCUGUAUAGCAGUGAGUCGCAACGACAUGCAUUCGAUGCCGUCGCAACUGUGUUCUUCAUCGACACAAGUCCAAACUUGAUCCGAUAUAUUGAAACGAUCAAAAAUUGUCUCAAGCCAGGCGGACUAUGGAUCAACGUUGGCCCUUUACUCUGGCACUUUGAGAACGAGAAGCGACGGACUACAGCUGACAAUGAACAUGGGACCGAGAGUGCAUUGGAUGGAGAUGAGCAUGCAUUGGUUGCUUCGCAUAACGAUGGGAUAGGGGAACCAGGGAAUGUGGAAUUAUCAGAGGAGGAAGUCUUCCACCUUGUGCAACGCAUGGGGUUCACGAUUGAGACACAACAGGCGCCGGAAGAAAGGCCGUAUUGCGGGUAUAUACAGGACCCGGAGAGUAUGCUGCAGAAUCUGUAUCGGCCUUCGAUAUGGGUAGCUAGGAAGGUUGACGCAUAG